UACUCCCUACCCCUACAACAGUACUCCCUACCCCUACAACAGUACUCCCUACCCCUACAACAGUACUCCCUACCGCUACAACAGUACUCCCUACCCCUACAACAGUACUCCCUACCCCUACAACAGUACUACCUACCCCUACAACAGUACUCCCUACCCCUACAACAGUACUCCCUACCCCUACAACAGUACUCCUUACCCCUACAAAAGUACUCCCUACCCCUACAACAGUAAUCCCUACCCCUACAACAGUACUCCCUACCCCUACAACAGUUCUCCCUACCCCUACAACAGUAAUCCCUACCCCUACAACAGUACUCCCUACCCCUACAACAGUUCUCCCUACCCCUACAACAGUACUCCCUACCCCUACAACAGUACGCCCUACCCCUACAACAGUACUCUCUACCCCUACAACAGUACUCUCUACCCCUACAACAGUACUCCCUACCCCUAUAACAGUAUUCCCUACUCAUAUAACAGUACUCCCUACCCCUACAACAGUACUCCCUACCCCUACAACAGUACUCCCUACCGCUACAACAGUACUCCCAGCUCCUACAACAGUACUCCCUACCGCUACAACAGUACUCCCUUCCCCUACAACAGUACUCCCUACCCCUACAACAGUACUCCCUACCCCUAUAACAGUACCCCCUACCCCUAUAACAGUACUUCCUAA